AUGAUCACAUCAACAGUGAUAGGUGCAGCGCUCUUUUCCGGGUUGGUAAUUGCCCAGUACCCUUCCACCACGGGUGGAUUGAUUAAGAUUGAUUCUAAAGUACUUCCGAACGUCACUAUCACUUACAAUAAGGUGCCGGGUAGCAUCUGUGACUCGGCGUCAGAGUCAUACGCUGGGUAUAUUAACUUUCCGGCAAAUACGAUGAAAGAUGCGAUUCAAGACUUCCCCGUUCACUUAUUCUUCUGGUACUUUGAGUCCCAGUCCGACCCCAAGACAUCGCCGUUGUCGAUAUGGCUCCAAGGGGGACCUGGAGGAUCGUCCAUGUUCGGUGCUUUUACAGAAAAUGGACCCUGCGCUGUGAAUGAAGACUCCCAAUCCACACGCCGCAACGAUUAUGCUUGGACGAAGCAUGCUAAUAUGCUGUAUAUCGACCAACCAGUCCAGACUGGCUUCAGCUACGAUAUUCCAACCAACGGAACGCUGGACCUGCUGAGUGGAGAUGUCAUUCCGCAUUCUGAGACUGAAGGCCCGUUUAACAAGACAGGAACAUUUAGCAGCCAAACGCUGACGUCUACUGCCAACACCACCGCCAACGCGGCGCGGCAUCUCUGGAACUUUGCCCAAGUGUGGCUCCAAGAGUUCGAUGUCUAUAAGAACCAAUCCAGGAAUGACCGAGUUGGCCUUUGGACGGAGUCAUACGGUGGUCGCUACGGUCCCGGCUUCGCUGCGUACUUCCAUCAACAGAAUGAGAAAAUCGUCAAUCCCCGUGACACCUUUAAGCCGAUAAACCUAGACACCUUGGGGGUCAUCAAUGGAUGCAUCGAUCUCCGCACCCAAGAAACAGCUGACCCAGAUUACGCCUAUAACCGAAACACUUUUGGGGUUACUGCGAUUGAAAAAGUUCAAUGGACUGACGCAAUCGAGGCUUACGAGAAACCAUACGGCUGUCAAGACCAGAUAGACAACUGCCUUAACCUUGCCGCAAAAUACGACCCAGAUAUGUAUGGUAAUGUUACAUUAGUCAAUAAGGUAUGCUUUGAUACCAGCACAAAUUGCCAAGCAGAAGUCGAGGCGGCAUAUAUCUUCUCCAGCAAACGAGGUUUCUACGAUAUUGGUCACUGUAACCUGGAUCCAUUUCCCGCAAACUAUUUUAUUGGAUACUUGGCCCGGUCCGAGGUCCAACAAGCGCUGGGGGUUCCCGUUAACUUUACCUUAAUCUCAAAUACGGUUGGGAAAGCAUUCAAUCUCACGGGUGACUACCCGCGACGAGAUCCCUUGGGCUAUCUCGGUGACAUCGCCUAUCUCCUCGAGCAUAAAGUCCAGGUAGCAUUAUUGUACGGAGACCGAGACUUCGCCUGCAACUGGGUCGGAGGAGAACAGGCCAGUCUUGAUGUCCAGUACGAUUCAUCUGCCGCAUUCCAAGCCGCCGGAUACGCGAAUAUCACUCACGAUUCGGAUAUCUGGGGCCAGGUUCGUCAGCAUGGCAACUACUCAUUCAGCCGUAUCUACCAAUCCGGUCACAUGAUUCCUGCAUAUCAACCAGAGGCUGCACUAGAGAUCUUCCGCCGUGUCAUGAACGGUAAAGAUGUAGAGACGGGAAAUAUCGAGGUCACUCCCUCCUAUUCAACCAAUGGCACAUCGUCCUCCACACAUACAGAUACCCUACCAUUAGCACCAGCCCCAACAUGCUACCUUUGGGCCCUGAGUGGCACAUGUGCGAAGAAUCAAAUCAACGCCGUCGGAGAUGGAACCGCGAAGAUUGAGAACUAUGUCAUCACGGAUCCGAAGCAACCUUGUAAUGCUUGUCCGUAUACACCUACAUCUGAUGAUUCCGUCGGCCUUGAAUUAUCUGGUGUUCACUGGCAUGAGGACUUGUAG